CGCGGUGGAUUUCGUUGAAAGGGAAACACGGGGACGCAAAGAUUUAAAGGAGUAGAGAGAGAACUCUAGCUUGUUCUGGGGUAGAUUAGUUGGACAGGCAUUAAACAAAUACUUACAAGGCUCUCUUUCGUCGGCGGUCUGUGGUGGAGGGUGGCAUUCGCGAAUAAAACGAGGGAAUAGGGGGGGAUCGGGGAGGCUAGCAUUGUCGGGUCAAAAUGUCUAUUCAGUUCGAGGAGCCGCUGGCGGGUAGCUACGGGGUAGUGGACUCGUUCCCAAAAGAUUUUGGCUACGGGGUGGAAGAGGGGGACAUCGAGGAUAGCCCGGCACCCUCAGACAGCAAGCCAAGGAUACUGCUAAUGGGACUACGACGGAGUGGCAAGUCUUCUAUUCAGAAGGUGGUGUUCCACAAGAUGUCGCCCAACGAGACUCUUUUCUUGGAGAGCACCAACAAGAUCUACAAGGACGACAUCUCCAACAGCUCCUUCGUCAACUUCCAGAUCUGGGACUUCCCUGGCCAGGUCGACUUCUUCGACCCCACCUUUGACUAUGAGAUGAUUUUCAGGGGUACGGGGGCUUUGAUAUUUGUCAUUGACGCACAGGACGAUUACGUGGAGGCGCUCGGGAGGCUGCACCUCACGGUGUCGCGGGCCUACAGGGUGAACCCCGAGAUCAACUUCGAGGUCUUCAUCCACAAGGUGGACGGUCUCUCCGACGACCACAAGAUAGAGACCCAGAGAGACAUCCACCAGAGAGCCAACGACGACCUGGCGGACGCCAGCCUCGACAAGCUCCACCUUAGCUUCUACUUGACGAGUAUCUACGAUCACUCCAUCUUCGAGGCCUUCAGUAAAGUGGUGCAGAAACUCAUCCCACAGCUGCCCACUCUGGAGAACCUGCUCAACAUCUUUAUAUCUAAUUCAGGGAUAGAGAAGGCCUUCCUGUUCGACGUGGUGAGCAAGAUCUACAUCGCCACCGACAGCUCCCCCGUGGACAUGCAGUCGUACGAGCUGUGCUGCGACAUGAUCGACGUGGUCAUCGACGUGUCCUGCAUCUACGGGCUGAAGGAAGAUGGCAGCGGCAGCGCCUACGAUAAGGAGUCCAUGGCCAUCAUCAAACUGAACAACACCACUGUCCUGUACCUGAAGGAGGUCACCAAGUUCCUGGCGCUGGUCUGCAUCCUCAGAGAAGAGAGCUUUGAGCGGAAAGGUUUAAUAGACUACAAUUUCCACUGUUUCCGCAAAGCCAUCCACGAGGUGUUUGAGGUGGGCGUGUCCACGCAGCGGUUGGGCACCCUGCAGCCCAGCACGCCCAGCCUGAAGGCGGUCACGCACAACGGCACCCCCCGGAGCACCGUGUAGAGGCCUCCACGAGCGAGCGAGAGAGAGAGAGAGAGAGAGAGAGGGGGAGAGACGGACAGACAAACGGACAGAGACAGAAGGACGCGGGCACCUUCGUGCCAUCGUGCUGACUUAACUCCUCGGCCUCACAGCCUUGGGCUGCAGAGAAAAGCUGCAAGCUACAAAAAAAAAAGAAAGAAAAAAAGAAAAAAAAAGGAAAAAGAAAAAAAAAGGAAACUGGGGGAAAAAAAAUUGUAUCACAGACCAUGUUGUGGCCUGAAACUGAUGUACAGAUGUGUUGGAAGGAGGGGGGGUUUGGAGUGAGCUUCGAACGGAAGGGAAACGGUGGCGGGGAGCGGGAGGAAGUGGCGGGAUUCGGAGACUGCGAAACUGGCGCGAGGCACAGACACACCGCUCUACUGAAAGGGGGGCAGGGGAAGAGAAACCCAAAGUACAGUAAACCCCCCACCAACCCGCCCCCCCACCCCAAUGCCUGAUAGAGCUCAGCGGUUAAUGGGCUGUUCACCUUAGAAACGUGCGACUGAUUUACUCCUCAUUGAAGGGGGGGGGCGCACACACACACACACUGUGUCUAAUGGGGAUAUGUUAAGUGUGUGACCUCCUGCACACUGGAUCUCAUGCACCUCUAGGAAAUGUAGUAGUAUCCUGCCUAAUGCCAGCUGUCACUCAAACUCACGUAUACACGCACACCUGCCUUUUAAAAAUGUAUACCCCACCCCUCCACCCAAAAAAAACAA